AUGGCGGAUUCAGGUGACUCAAACAAUAAUACUAAUCAAACAUCACGCCGGCUGAGGAGCAAGGCACAGGAGAAGGCCAUCACCCAAGGCAAACUCGUCGAGACCACCAACUCAUUGACUUGUGUGGAAUUCUUCGAUAAGUUUGCACUUGAAUUACCCUUGACACCCCAAGUCAAAAAUACUGGCAAUGCCUUGAUCGUGGACAGAGCAUUCGAGGAUGCUUCUACAAUUUCCAAGCAUGUCCAUGAGAAAUGUCUUGAUCUCAUUGAACAGACCAGUGCCCAUGACUACCGAAACUCGGAAACCGGGUGGUCGCGUUCCAAAAAGAAAAAGGAAAUGAAAUUGCCCGAUAUGAAGUACAUCAUCUUUAAAGACGAGCGUUCCGAAGAUGUCGCUGGCUUUGUUUCCUUCAUGGUCACCUACGAAGACGGCUUUGAGGUCAUCUAUGUCUAUGAAAUCCACCUAGCUGCCGAAUGGCAAGCCCAAGGACUGGGUAAAAGUCUCAUGCUUGCCAUGGAAGCCAUCAGCAAGAAUGUUGGCGUGGAGAAGGUCAUGCUCACGGUCUUCAAAUCCAACCAUCGCGCCGUGGAUUGGUAUCGCAAGCUGGGUUAUGUUGAGGAUGAGUUCUCUCCACAAGCUCGCAAGCUGAGGAAUGGCACUGUGAAGGAAUCCACAUAUAUCAUUCUCUCCAAGGCGCUGAAGAAAUAA